AUGCAACAGUUGGAAAGGGAGAGUGAAGGUGGUGGUCGGCAGCUAAACUAUUUGCGCACUGCUGAUGACAUCGUUCAAAUAACAUCUAGCAUCAGUCAAGCGGAACGAAUGCUAACCGAAUUUGACGAAACAUUUGGAUGCAUCGGUCUUCAUCUGCAAAAGACGAUAUUCAUCCGUAACGGAUGGGUCUCGGAUGCCCCAUACACGCUCAACGGAACGAACAUAUCCAAGUGCACCAGCUACGUUUAUCUGGGUCGGGAACUGAACAUGAUGAACGACCUGAACCCCGAGCUGGGCAGGAGGAGACGAGCGGCUUGGGGAGCGUACAAGAGCAUCGAGGAUGUAGUGAAGAAUACCAAGAACACUCGGUCUCCGUGCUCAUCUCGUCAACACCACUGUACUUCCCGCUUUGACAUACAUGCGUACGGAAGCAUGCGCAUUUCGCAAGCAGGAAGAAAACGCGGUGAGCGUCACUGA